UAGUAUAUUUACAUUACGACGGACAUAUAAUGAUGAAUUAGAUUAAGAUUAAUUAGAUCUAGAUUCUAUACACCUAGUAACUAGUCUAUUAAUUCUAUAGAGUCUUCCCCCCCCCCCGCCUUUAUUCCUUUUAAACUAGAUUUAGUUUCUAGAUAUAGAAAUAGCCGAUCUAAUUUCAUGUUGAAAAAUGAGUUUAAUUCAGAGUUACGAACAACAGUAUUCAUCUGUUACUGCGGAUAUAACACAUAAUAUUGGCAAAAUAGCCAUUUCUCAUGGAGCUGAAAAACAAAGCUAUGUUAAGCAAGCUGAUAAACUCUUUGAUGAAGCACAUGAGUUGCUGGAACAAAUGGAUUUAGAAGUGAAAGAGUUGGAAUCAAAAGAACGACAAAAAUAUCAAACCAGAGUGAAAAGUUUUAAAGCAGAAUUGAUUAAACUUCAAGCAGAUUUAAAAAGAGCCAAACUAGGAAUUGAUGCUAACAGAGAUGAAUUGCUUGGAGAAGACACCCAUGAUUCUGAAGACCAGAGAACGCGACUACUGGACAACACAGAAACACUAGAAAGAUCCGGUCGUCGACUAGACCAUGGCUACAGGAUAGCUGUGGAAACAGAGCAAAUCGGAAGUCAAAUCAUGGAUGACCUUCACCAUCAGCGGCAGACAAUCACAAGAUCAAGAGCCAGACUUCAAGAAAUGGACUCUGCAUUAGGAAAAAGCUCCAGAGUUCUUUCUGGCAUGAUGCAAAGGGUCAUUCAGAACCGUGUGAUGCUGCUGGGCGUGGGACUCAUAGUCCUUGUGGCCAUCAUUCUUUUCAUCUACUUUAUGGUCAGAGCUCACUCGUGAUAGCCCAGGGGGAUUAGACUGUGGAGUCUAGCCAUGCAAAGACUAAAUCAUCAUGGUUUUCAAGGGACCAAUGAAAGAAAAACUAACACUGUCAAUUCAGCAUGUCAGUGAUUCCAUGUACGAAGGUAUUGGUGGUUGUCUAGUCAUACUGUGGUGGCCAAAUUGUUUCAUUUGGUAUAAUCAUUCUCUGUCUAUUUCUUUCUUUCUUUUUUUUUUUUCAAUUUUCUUCUUUUAAAAGUAGCUAUUCAGAAACAUGGUUUUAUAAUAAUAACUUGUAGUCAGUUUGUGUAACUAGUUGGGUUUGUUUUUGAACUAGCUAUUGUUCUUUAAUGUAUAUUGCACUAUUACUGUAAAAUACUUGUUAUCAGGACAAAUUUUAACCAUUUUUGCACAAACUUUUGGCAGCUUUCUAUAUUUUUUUUUAUUUGUUAGGUGUCCUUAAACAAAUUAUAUGUUAAGUUGACAUGAAGGUUUUUUAUUUGAUAGAAUAGUUUUUUUUAGUAAGAGAAAUUAAUUUUCAUUGUGAUGUGUUUUUAUUUUUAUAAAAGUUAAGUCUAUCACGAGAACCUUUCCCUUGAUACAGUAUGUGACAUGUUCAACUCAUGGGGUUUUUCUAAUCUAGGAAAUAAUGACAUUUUUUCGUAAAUUCAUAGCAAAAAGAUUGACUCUGCCAUCAGAAUUAUGUGAUGGUCAUAGUAAUGCUAGUUCUAAUUGAAUUUGUUUUAAAAAGUAAAUUGACUACUUUUGGGUUUGUGUGGUGCUACAGGCCAUUGACAUGAUCUAAUGUUGUGUGCUAACUGAAAAUGUAUUGUACAUCCAGAUAUUUCCCUAUGAGGAUAAUAGGAGUCCAAUUUGGCUGUGAUGAAUAGUCAUAUCAUUUAGUUCAGUGGUCUUCAACGGGGGCGAUAUCGCCCCCUAGGGGGCGUUUUCGAGAUUUUGGGGGGCGCUGAGAGCCAAAGGGGCGGUAGGGGGGCGCUGGCCACAAAAUGGGGCGGUAAGGGGGCGCUGAAACAAAACAAAUUUAAAAAUUCUUCAACAUUGAAGCUGGGAAACUAAAUAUAGACAAAGUAUAGUUAACUUGUUUCUAAUUUAAGAACAGAAACAGCGUUAGAAAUUGAGUUCGGGAAUCCCAUUUUCUAUUUUUAAAUUCUUACUCUUUUGUUAUGAUCGGAGAGUAUUUAUUGUCCUUGAAUCCUUCGCGUAUAAACGUUUAAGAUUUGAUCAACAAAGUAGGUAAUACGCCUUUUAGAUUAUAGUUUAUUUUAUCUACAUAUGUUAAUAUAUUGAUAUGUAAAAGUUAAUUGCAAAAAACAUUAAAGGUAACAUUUAAUAGAAUAAUUUAACUUUUUAAAAACCAAAAAACAUUGAUAAAAUGUUGUUACAAAAACUCACUGGUAUGUCAUGUAAUAUUUCCUUGAGAUUUAGUGAAUUGCCACUAGAAAAAUAGUAAGUUCUACUUUGAUGGCAUUUUCAGAUGAGGUUAUGAAUUCAAGUCGGCUUCACGAACAUAUAGCGAUAUCCAAAAAUAAGUUAAGAAUAUUCAUGAACAAUUAUAAAAAUCUACAAUUAAAACAAUAUUAAAAACAAAAAACGGCAAAGCAGGAUAUGUUUUAAUGGCUUUUUAGAAAAAUGCAUAGUUUUUUAAAAAUUCUUAUGAUAUUGUUGAAAAAUUGAUUAAAACUAAAUUUAUUUUAAAACAUAUGUAACACAAAAAUACUUUUUUUCUGUUAGAAUUGAAAUAUUAUUUCAAAAUUGUCUUGUUAUGUAGCUUAUGAGGACAUAUAGGAAACCAUCCGUGGUUGGACGCUACAAUGACUUCAUAGGUUAUUUAGAAUAAAGAACAAAUCUAUUCACUAUUCACCUUGUGAGUUAUGAUACACAAGAAAAGUUUAGCCCGCAAUUUCAUUUCUAUUGGAAUCUAAUGAUAAAACUGUAAAUAAAAUACAAACCCAUGCCGAAAAUGAGCGCAUCUUUCAACAGUUUAUGAAACAAAUGAUGAAAAAGGUGUUAGACUCUUGUUGUAAAAUGAAGUUCGCUGGAUUUCGAAAGGGGUUUGUUAAUUGUUAUGGCUCGUUUUUUUAAGCUCUUAAAUAAUUAUUUUUUUUUGAGAAACGGGAAGAUUCAACGUUUGGCGAUGACUUAAAGCUGGCUAACACAAAUGAAUGAAACCAACCUCCGACUGCUAGGAAAGAUAUUGACUUUUAUUGAUAAUAUCAUUUUCUCUUUUAUCGAGAUAUUAAAUCUAUUUUAAAUAGUUUUACAAUCUCACAUAAUUUGUUAACAAAUGAAUUACUUCCCAAGGACACCGAUAUCUAUGCAAUUCUAUGCAAUACAAUGCUCUAUGAAGAAAUUAAGAUUCGCUUCUAAAAUUUAGAAAAAAAAUAUAUAAAUGACAAUUAUUAAACAUCUGUUACUGACGUUCAAAUUGAGUUGCUUAAAAAAAAAAAAUUACAAAACUAUGUCUUCAGUAAAAAGUAUGUAAACAUAGGAGGCACACAGUGGCGUAGCUAUGGUGGGGGUAAGGGAAAAUUGAAAAUCCCCCGGGCCCCCAUUUAAGGGAGGGGCCAAAUUAGUGCUUUUUUAAUUAAUUAAAUUAAAUAUUACGCAAAAUGCAGCGGCCCCCAAAGAUGUCAAGCCCCCUGGACCCCAAACGACGGAAAUUCCUAGUUACGCCCCUGGAGGCACAACAGAGAUGUGGCUGCAUUUAAAUGUUUCAGUUAAAUUCCAAAACUGUGGUCGAAAUUGCAAUUAUGUUUUAACUUUUCAGUAAACAUAUGGUUAACCUAGAUUUAGUGCAUAACAAAGUUAAUGAAUAAGCAAAGAAAUAGACUGGAUGUAGCGACUAGAGGAGACCUUCGCCUUGCUUUGGCUAAAUUAAAGCUGGAAAUUUCUAAUAUUGUCAGACCGCAGGGGACACAAGGUUCCCAUUAGCUUAAUUUUAUUUUGUAGUGAAUUCUGCAAUAAUAAUAUUUAUAUUAAAAUAUAAAACUAAAUAUUUACAAUUAAACCUAAAAACAGUAGGCCCUAAUAUUCAAAAUUUAAACGGAGACUUUUCUUAGGAUUUGAAAGAAAGUCUUUACAAUUAAUUUUUGUGUGUAAUCACUGCAAAUUAUUUGACAAAAUUUUUGCAUAAUGGUAAUAUUGGCUGUUAUUGCCUUUAAUUCCGAAGAUUACGGCUGAGUCCACUGUUCCACAUAACUACGCAAACCCAACUGCGACCUACAUAUUUUCCCGAAUUUUUAUGCAGACAAAGCCGUUGUAUGCUGGCUUUUCUUUGAUUAUCAAAUGUUUGUCCCGCAGUUUUUGUAAGAGCUCUCGAACUGUUUCUCUCAGAGGCUAUCUGCUGCCAGAGAAUGCUGCCAGUUACUUUCCUCUAUGCCAGUGAGAGCGAAAUGGCGCCUGAAUGCCUGAAUAAAUCUUCAUAGCGCUCACGGGGUAGGGGGGCACCUAUGUAACUCAGUCCUCCUUAAAGCUCGUCAGACAUAGGCCAAGGAGUUCACAACAAUCGCCUUUGGCAUGCGGUCGUCUCCCAAGCGAGAUAAGUGUUAUUGACAGCAUACAAAUUAAUAGAUAGAUGAUAUUUUGUUCAAAUUUGCCUUCUCACGCUUCUUUAUAACUGUUUUUCUUAGAGGGGGGCGCUGGCAGAUUUUUUUAAAGAAAAGAUUCGAAAAGGGGGCGGUAGGCCAAAAAAGGUUGAAGACCCCUGAUUUAGUUGGUGUGAUUCUUUGUUGGUUUGUGACACCAUGUUAGGUGCUGUGUUAACUCUUUGAGAACUGAGAAACAUACCCCUUGUUUAUUACCUUUUCCUUGGAGUAUAAGGGCUUUGAUUUUAUUAUGUUUGAUGAUAUUCACAGAAGAGAUUUGACCUUUUUUUUUGGAAAGGGAGUGGCUAACAUUUUUCCUCUGAACCAAAUUUGAACUCUGUCUAAACAUUGUUUUUUUUUUUAAUCUCUUUUACUUAAUUUUCCAAAACCUCAAAAUUUGACAAAUAGUUUCUGUGAUACUUGGGUAGGUAAGUUGUAUAGGUAUCCCUUUCAGACUUUAGGCUCUAUGGAGGCCGAUGAUAUAAAGCUCAUCUGUUUCUAGGGCUGAUAGUUAAUGAGGGUGUCAUGUGGCCAGCAUAACGACCAACUGCCUUUACUUUUCCAAUGUACAUCAGGCACCUAUUAGAGUUGAAUGGACUCAGAAGCAUCCUAAAAAUUCUGAAGUUCAAAAUGGUUUACUUACAAUUUGUAUGCAGCCGUUUUUUUUUAUCAACACUGAACAAGUGCCAUUGUAUGUUGCAGCAAGGGAGCUAACUCAUCCAUUUUAUUUAUGUAGCCAUAUUUGAAAAGUAUGAAAUGGUGCCAUUGGAAAAGAUUGUAAAGAAGUUAACUCAUCCAUUGUUUUUAUGCACUUUGAGUACUAAAGGCACAGAGAGCCUCAGCCCACCUGGGCAUAAAUCUAAUAAUAUCAAGCAGUAUAAUAAUGUGUUAGAAAUUACCUUAGCUUUAUUAUUGUCAUUUAGUCUAGCCCAUGAUCUGAAAAGAUAUUGUAUAUUAUAUUUAUUUUAAAUAAUUCUCUGUGUGUAUUUAAGUUAAGCUGCCAUUGAAUUGAAUGGUUAAAUUUAAAUGAUUUAAUUAAUACUCUAUUGGAUGUAUGCAUGUUGAGGACGGGAAAGAGAAAGGAUCAUAUGUAAUAUAAAUAUUAUCUGGUUGAUGACUAUGGUAUUACUAUGGAUAGAUCUUAUGAUGUUGUUUUGUGUGUGUGUGUGUCUAUGUCCAUGACAUUAAAAUCAAAAGAAAGCAGUGACA